AUGAGGUUUGCGUACAAGCAGGAGAGGACCUUUGAGCAGCGAUUACAGGAGGGCAAAAAAAUCAGUGAACGGUAUCCCAGUUGCGUUCCCGUUAUUGUGGAGAAGUCCCCUCGGGCAAAUGUCCCAAAUCUUGAUAAGAAUAAGUUUCUCGUCCCCAUCGAUUUGACUGUCGGUCAGUUUUACUAUCUUAUUCGCAAGAGAAUUGAACUGAAACCAGAACAGGCACUAUUUUUCUUUGUCGAUAAUUCGAUUCCACCCACAAGUGCUACAAUGGGUGCACUGUACGAGGAGUAUCGUGAUUCUGACAAAUUUCUCUACAUUGCCUACAGUGAUGAAAGUGUUUACGGCGUACCGGCCUCGAGUGAGAUUGAGUCGCUACGGAGUUGGAUGGAAUCCGAGGCGCUUAUUGUGCCGGAGGGCUGGUUGGAGGCCUGUCUAGAGUGGCUGUCUGACCAAUCGGACGUUAUGAUGACAUUUCAGCAGUUGAAAGAAGGAGUCUAUCAGCAGUGGCUUCAUUCCGAUUUCAACCAACUUGAAUGUCCUAUUUUGCCCGAUCAGGAAUCUGUGAUGAAAGAAACGCUUCUCCUAGAAGGAGAACUGUGUCUGCAGAUAAGUGCUCUGAUAAAGAUUGGAGAAUCAUAUUAUGGUCAGAUACGAAGAUUGGAAGGCAAUUUGGGCAACGAUGUGCCCGAUUUGGAGACUGAUAAAGAGUUAAUUGAUGACGUUGAGGCGACCUCCAUUGAUCCAUCCUUUCAACUCUCCAACAUUGCUACCCAAUCCUCCUUUCCCUCAUCCAACCGGUCGACCCACCUACAAAACACCAAUAUUUCAACGUAUGCAUUACACCUCACGGACGGUGUGCGUACCAUCAAAGCCAUUGAAGUAGGAUCAGCAUAUUCAGCGACAAGGCCCUCUCCAGAGGAGUGGUUUCGGAUAGGUUCUAAAGUGAAACUGAAAGGUCCAUUGAAAUUGCGUAAGGGCGUUUUACUACUUCCUAACGGGACCAUCUCCAAUCCUGCUGUCACUGCUCAAUUACCAAAUUCUCAGUGUUGCUUUUUGGGUGGCGAAGUUCAGUUUGAGGAGGCUGGAGAGAGGAGAAUGGAGGCUUUUCUGCAACGUGAGCUUUUAUUAAAACUCAACCUUUCACCCGACAAUCCUCCGGAGUGGUUUCCUGGUCAGCGACAUCUCUCCACGUCCACUACCAAGGCUACUGCCAGCAAUGCGACUGAUAAUAUUGCUGGCAGCACUACUGACGUUGUUCCCCAACCUCCUGCACGACCUGUUGAGGACAAAAGGAGAGAGGAAGGGGAUCUUUAUGAUGAAGACGACCUUUUGUUGACCUCUGCAGUGGAGGACUUUGAGAGUCUGGUAGCCGCCGCUGUUGGAGAUGAAACUACAAAUGGAACGACCGCGGGGCAGAAAGAGGAAUCUGAGGCUGGAGCUGAUGUCCAUGAGGGUGAAGUAGAUGCCGCUCUAGAGGAAAUCAAUUUCUCUCCCCAAUCCGAUACGGGGAGUGCCACCCUUCAGACCAGUUUUCCUCCCAAAACAUCACUCGAGCGUUCCUACCUACCUCCUUCUGACUCUGCUAUUCAUCAACCACAGCCGUCAUCGAGUAAUUCUCGACGCUCAACACAGUGCCUCCAAUCGGACAUCCGUCGCUUCCUCACUACUACCUCCGCUCUCCAACCACAGCGACAGCAGCAUUCAUCCCGCAUGCCGCAAUUCGCUUACUUGCAAGAUAUUUAUUACGAUCGACAACAGCGACCCGGCGGUGGCAGUGAGGUUCAUUUAAUACGGGGGAUGUUGAUAAGCAUACAAUCACAGCUGGAGCACCACGAAGGCCAACGAUGGAGCCUAACAGUGCGUCUCACUGAUGGUACUGCAGUCUUAGAUGCCGAUAUGGAGGACGAGCUACUGCAUCGUCUCAUCGGUCUCUCUGCGCUUGAAGUGGAGGCAAUGAAACAAAUGGGGCGUAGAAAUGACCAGGUUAGCGACUUUUUUAAAAAAAUCUGA